AAUGCACGGCUGAUCGCGAGACUAGCCUUCAUAUGACAUCACCGUCAUGGCGGAGAACACAGAACUUGUCGAGGAUCAAAUCAAUGCUAAACAAGGUGUAAAUAUUAGCGAUGGACCUCAGACUUCAGAGGGCGUCUUGGACAACAGUCGCAUAGUAGGUGAUUCGGACAAUGCCACAGAAAGAACCGCCAUGAUGGAAGUGAAUGCCAAUGCUGAAAUCAACGCCAAUCCGGAACUAAAUGCCAACCUCACAGUGGACAGCAACGCAAAUGCACCUUCAAGAACAGACAGUGAUAAGGAUGCUAUAGAACAGGAUAGUCUAGAAAAUAUAGAACCUCUUCCGGAACCUCAGGAGCCAGUCCAAGAUGAGGGUUCUGGUCAAGGUGAAGUCAAGGAACAACCAAAUGAACCUCAAGAGGAUAUACAAGCAGAGGGUCAUCCAGAAAGUGGCCAACUAGAUGUUGGUCAAUCUGAAGGUGGCCAACAACACGAGAUGCAAAUUGAGGAAGCAGGGAUAAGAGCGGAAGAUGCUGAAAUAGAUGCACCAGGUGAGGUGCAGGAAGAAGUCCUAGAGGAUGCCUCAAGUAGUGCUGAGGAAUUAGAGAUUCCUCAUGAAGCUGUUGAAGUGGAUGCUCCUGUAGGAGAAACUGAUGAGGAUGAUGCAGAAGGCUACCAGGAAGAGGAGACCUAUGAUGAAGGGGAUCUGGUAGAAGGUGUUACCGAAGAGCCACUGGAGGAACCUUUCAGUCCUGCUUUCUCAGAAUCAAAGACUUUUGACAUCAUUGACACCGACAGGGACUUUGAAUCCGAAGUUUGCAGGUACCGAACCCUGGAACCCGAUGAAAAGUAUACCCCAGAGCUUGUAGACAUCCCAGAUUCUGGGGGCAAUAAACAACAGUUUGCCACAGUGACAAAAAUACCCGAUGGGACAGAAAGCAAAGGAACAGCAGACGCUACACAUGAAGAUUUAAACACAACCAACACUUCAGAUGACAGACCGCCAAGGCAACGGAAAGAACCUGUGUUAGAUGCAUCCAAACUGAAGGAGCGAGAAGAACGAAACGCAAACAACAGACGGGCACACUUACAGAAGAAAUCAGAUGUUCUCAAGGACAAGAAUGAGCAGAGACGGCAAGCUGUGGAGGAGCGUAGGAGACAACAGGCAGAGGCAGACAAGGAACGUAAAGAGGCAAUACUUCAGAAAUCAAAAGAGAGAGAGGAGGCUUCGCACUCAUCGAGAGAGAAGCGCAGAUCAUGGAGUGCCUUUGGCGCUCGGGAAAGCCCCACCCCGAUACAGAGCGCAUCAACGCCCCGGGGUAGGAGCACGGACCGAGCCGCGCCAAAGAGCCGGACCACCAACCUGUCCAGCUCGAAGCACCUAUCAAGCUCCGUCUCUAACAUCUAUCAGAGGUCGGUCAAGCUGGUCCGACUCGGGCCCAACGAGGACGACUGGUUCCAGAUGUAUGUGCCCGAGAAAAGUAAGAAGAAGCCCGGCUCGCCCGCGGGUGCGGUGACGCCACCGCCGGCGGCGAGUGGGGCGGGGCCUGCGGAUGCUCGUUCGCCUGUUGGUGCAUUACGUUCAUCACCCAGCCACUACCGGUCUACCCCAAACCUUGCAUCAUCAUACAAACGACCAAGACCAAAAGCAUUUUCUCCAAGGGACACAAAAUCAUCACACUCAACUCCAACCCAUGGGCCCCGCCCGUCAGCAGCAGCAGUCACAGAGAGACUAUCCAGGCCCAAACCGGGCAUGAAAUCACCAUCAUCUAGUACAACUAAUCUAUCAACUCCAUCUCCAAGCUCAACAUCAAAGAGAGCACCCUCACCCCGAACUGUCGGUAGACCGCAAUCACCCCGACAAAGAACACCCCUCUCUGCUCGAUCCUCCAAUGCAUCAAAUGCUUCAAACGACAGCCAGACGAGCGCCGGUUCCACUACGCCUAAAAGGGCGCCUUCUCCGAGGACUGCAACGAGGGAUAAAUCAUCGGAUUCACAUUCGAGCGGUAAGACGCCAAGUAACAAGUCAACCAGCAGUAAUCCUCCACCCAUCAAGAAAGCCCUUACCCCAUCAGCAGGGGUUGUCAAACCCACCCCGACCAAACCAGGUCAAACAACCAGACCUAAAUCCAGUACUCCAGCCAAGAAAGACUCCCCUACAACCCCCGGGCCUGUGGAUAAACCCAAGUCGACGUCAACGGAUAAGCCCAAAGCCCCGCCUGCCGACAAGCCGAAGGCGACGCCGGCAGAGAAACCGAAGCCAGCACCUGCUGCUACCAAGGCAUCACCAGCACCAGCAGCGCCGGCGGCUGAGAAGCCAAAAGCCAGUGAGGCCAAGCAGAAUGGCAGUGACAAUGGGGAUAAAACAGAGCUGACUGCAGAGGAGAGGGCUAAACAAGCUUUAGCGGAGAGAAGAAGACAAGCAAGGGAAAAGGCUGAGAGAGAAGCAGAGCUAGAGAAACAGAGACAAGAACAACUGAGGAUUGAGGAGGAGGAGAGGAAAAAGAAAGCGGAGGAGGAGAGAUUAAAGGCUGAGCAGGAAGCUCUGAGGUUAGCAGAGGAGCUGAGAUUAGCUGAUCUAGAACGACAAAGACAAGAAGAAGAAGAUAGGAUGAGAGAGAUGGCAGAAGAGAAACAAAGACAGGAGGAAGAAGAGAGGAUGAGAGAGGAGGAAGAGAAGAAGAAACAAGAAGAGAUGGCGAAGAAAGAAGAAGAAAGGAAAAAGCAAGAGGAAGAGCUUGCUGCUAAACACAAGAAAGAAGAAGAGGAGAGAGAUGCAAGAAGAAAGAGGGUUGAUGAAAUCAUGAAAAGGGCACGGAGAGGAGCACAAAAUAAGGAUGAGUCCUCCCAGCCUGGUUCACCGGACAGCGAGAAGAGUACCGACUCACAGGGGAAGACCAAUGGAAUCAACUCAUCCUCCAUGCUCCUCAACGAUAAAUACCGCAAUCUCCUCUCGGGCAACCGAAACAUCGGUAGCAACCCGGUAUCAGGUGAUGAGGAUAGCUCAGAAGAUUUAAUAGAUCAGGUGGAGGGAGGUCGCAAGGGGUCGGAUGCAGCCGCGAUCUCGGACGCGCCAGGAAGCGCGGAAGAGACCGUUGGCGCAACUGACGUCGAUCUCAUUGGUGGUGGGGGUGAUGGUUUGAUUAAUCCUGUAUCACAAGAUAACAUUCAUGAUGCUAACACAGGGGGUGAGGAGGCUACCAUCGGUGGUGGGGAUGCGAUCCAAGAGGAAGAAGGCUCAAGCGUUGAUGGUGAUGUUCUUCUAACAGAAGAGGCGCAGAAGCCAUCAGAACCUGAGAUGGAAGUCAAAUCUAGUGUCGUAGAGCAGGAGGAACCCGCACCUGCCGCGGAUGCAGAAUCUGGUGUUGUCAUAGCAACGGAUGAUGCUAGCAAUGAACAAAUUGUAGAAGAAUCGAGUGCUGAUGUACCAGCUGAGGCUGCUAUUGAUAAUGGUUCCCAGCAGGAGGCUAGUAUAUCAGAGAACUCACAUGCUAGUCCAGAAACAGACUCGAUAGAGCACGCCAAGAACGGUCAAAUGGACCAAGAAUCUAGCCUAGUUAUAGACCCUAAAGAUGGAGUAGACUCGUCCUUGCUAAUAGAGCAUCCGGCGGGCAAAACUGAAAUAGAGAUCACGAAUGGGGAAGGUGGUUUGAUGGAUCACGGCAAUGGAGAUUCGGGUGUCGAAGAUGGAGUCAAGGUUGGUUUCAAGUUUGGUCACAGUCCUGAGGAUUCUGGGAUUGAAGGAAACAACCAAUCAGGAGCUGUCCUCACCAGUGAGAUUUGAUGUGAUGGUUGAUUUAAUCCCAUUGAAGCCAAGCAUCACAUCUUGGGAUUACAAGUAUCUUUGUGUGUUCAGACGCACACCCAUCAUGAUCCCAAAGGGACAUCAGCCGUAACACUGCGGCGGCUCCUCCCCCUUCGGUUUCCAUGGCAACUGUAUCAUCGCAAGCCUUCAUCCAGCAUGCUUAUAUUAUAACGUGUGUAUAUAACAUUGAUAAAAAGAUAUUGUAUUAGCACCAAUUUGAGCUACAAUAUGGAGUGAGCACAGAGUGAUUGUAUCAGGUCAGCUUCUGGUACCGUGCGGGGCACGUUCACAUUGCUUUUAAUGAUGGUCAUUACAAGUGUUGCGGUGGUGUAUAACAUCAAUUAUUCUUGACAAGAAGGUUAGAAAUGGCCUAUCUAUGAUGUUGGUCAAUUCUUGAUUAUAGUCACUAUUAAAAUCUUUGAGGUUUGUGGUCAGGAAUCUCUCUGUGAUCAUUAUGUUGCAGAAUUAAAGGACAUCAAAUGAGCUGGAAAGUGUUCAUAAUUAAUACGAAUAGGUGGAGGUUCUUUGGGGUUCACCUUAUGUGAACGUGCCCCCUGAUGUUUGAUGUAAACUUCUGGAUCAGAGCAAGACACAAGUUGCUAGAGAAGUUGAUUACACUAUUAAAAUCCAUUGAAUGCUGUCAUUUUUUCACUUCGAUUUUGUGUUUUAGCUCUGCUAGGCAGCAGAAGCCUGGUUGAUGAAAAACAUUUUUAUUUGGUAUUCAAAUAAUUUCAGAUUAUUUAUUACAAGUCAACUGAAUUCAGCAGCAUUCAUUUAUGAUAUUGUUUAUUUUUAUGAAUUAUUUCCAUGAAGCAUUAUUGUACAACUUUACUUUGUCAAAGUUGAUUUGGAAAAAGCUAUGGUUCUUAUCAAAUUCUACUAAAAAUAUUGAAAAUGCAUUGUGAGUCAGCAUUGAACUAUUUUGUAGUCAGAUUUGGUAAGCUCCCUAUUCUUUCACAAAAUUGUUUUGAGAUGGUAAAAUGAUGAAAGUUAUUUGCAAAUUUAUUUUCAGAAAAUUUAAUUAUCACUUUCUGAACUCUAGCAACAUGUGCCUUUGAUUGUUUCAUGAAAAGAAGAAGACAAAGAAAUUUGGAACAGUGUCUCUCAAGACUCUCUUCUGUCUUCAGAGUGUAUAUACAUGCGAACCCAAGAAAGUAAAUUACGAAAAUGUGGUCUGAAAAGUACAUGUAUGAUGAAAUAUGUCUGUUAUGUCACAAUUUGUAUAAUACACAAGUUUAGGCCAGAAUAGGAUCAUUGCUUCAUUUACUGAUCAAGUGCCAUGUGGUAAAAACAAAUCUAUUUGGAUUGCAUUCUAAUCUAAAAUGAUUAUAUGAGUAUAAUAUGGAUGAUGUAUGCUAAUUUUACAUGACCCUAUCUAUAUAGAAUGACUUACCAAUAACUCUCAAUGCAGUCAUGGCUAAAUUAUAUACACAAUUAAGAUUUGCAAGUCUUGGAUGAAGUCAUUUAUGAUAUAUGAAUAUAAAAACGCAAUGAUAUUGCAUUGUAUGUGUUGACGAUGUCGAUUGCGUGCAGUUUAUUUUCCCUUCGUUUGCUGCAGUCAUGCUUGUAGUUGCUUCUCCUUCUAAAGGUUCAUUGUAUCCAAAAUGUAAUUAAUAUGCACCCUCUUAAUAUGUCAAGUUGAUAUCACAUAAUUGAAAUAAUUAUUAAUGAAUGUGUAUGUAAAGAAGGGUCCUCAUUCCACAGGAACUAUCCCUCAUCAUCAUAAUAUAUACCUGAAUAAAUUAUGUUAGGGGAUGUCUUAGUUCACAUUCUGAAUGUAUAAAUGCAAUGUAGAUAAUGGUUUUCUUAUAACGGGUUGUAGAGUGGUAUACUAGUGUCCCUUAACAGUGGUGUCUGGGUAUAAGGUGAUAUAAUUAAAUAAUUCCUUUCUUUGAGAGCACAUUAAUAUAUUUUUUUCAAAUUUCAAUGAAGUAAGAGAUUUCUGCUCAUAAUGGUCUGCUGUAAGUGUGGUCUAAUUGCCAUUUCAUCCAGUUAUUACCUAGUAUAUUACCCACCUGGGUUUUGUUUAGAUUUAUUUGGUGAAUUAAUGAUUGAAGUCAUGUUCACCAAUCACAGGAACUUUGUUUAUCAAAUUACAGACUAAUCUUGAAAAAAAGGGAAGAAUUCAAACUCAUUGAGGGUCAUCAAGAUUUAUCAAUUUACAAUAUCUGUGAUUUCAGCUCUGAUGAAGAAAAAAUGCAAACCCUCGUGAAAAUCCCUAGUGUUUAAUGUUGUCAGCUAGUAUCAUUUGAUUGGCAUUAGUCUUCAGUAUCAAGACAUGUGAAAAAUGACACUGAAGUAAUUUUGUGGUGAAAAUUCUUUUUAAUAAACUCCUUCUGAAGAAAAGGAUGAAUAGUAUACCAUACUGAAACUAAGUAUUCAAUGUGCAAUUAUGUAGGAACGAUUCUGCACGGAAAAAGAUUUUGUUGUUUCCAGUGCUAUGUGAAAUGUACUUAAGACAAUUUGCAAAUUCAGACAAGAAAAUACAUGAUUCAGAAAUGUAAAUAAAAAAUGCUACUUAAUAUAGGUUAGAAUUAAAUCAAGUUGAAAGUUUUAAUAAUAGAGAUAGAAAAGUGCUGCGGUUUCAUUUCACAUUUUUAUGAUUAAAUUAAAGGUAUAUGUAUAAAUCUGAAGAACAAAUGAUACACUUCAGUUUCACUAGAUUUUUAUCAUCAGUCAAUUACUUGCUCAAAUAUUGCCCAAGUUGGUAUGAAGUAAUUUUUAGGAAGCUAGUAAGGGAGCGAUAAAUUAUUUUUUGUCUUUAUUAGAUAUAUGUUCCCUCAGGGUUUCCAGUGUUGUGCUAUGUAAUGAAUAUGUCUUAAUAAUAUUAUAUUUACACAAGUCUUAAUUCCUUCCCCUGGUUCUACUGGUAAUAAUUAGGUAUACUUGGAAUAGGGGUUACUAAUAUUUCAAGGACACGCUUUAUUUUGGCUAACAAAUUCCUUGAAGAAAUAAAUCGUAAGGUGUCAGUAUUUGCUCAGUAUUAGAUGUUUUUUUAUUUUCUAUAGUUUUGGCUGCAGAAAUUGUAAGAUUUAUCCUUGCAAGGAAUAGCUAUUUUAGAAGAUAAAACAAAUAUAUUUAGACAAAGUUCUUUGAAUGAUAACCUUUUCUGGCCAUUGAUUAUUUUAUUAAAAUUUCAGAUUUCCAAAUGUAUUUUAAGUAUAUGUCUUGUUGGUCAUUUUCCAAUACUUUCUUUUUGUAUGUAUUUGCAUGUGAAUGUUUAUAUCCAAAUUAAGUUAUUUUGAGAGUUUGAAGCUAUAUUAUAUAAUAAAGUAAAUGAAAAAAAGUGAGAGAGGAGUCGUUGCAUAUAAUAUGAACGUCACAGAUGUGAUAGAAUAGAAUUUUGUCAGAAUGUCAGAGCUUUAUAAUCUAUUGGCUUGGAUGAUGUUUAAGAGACAAAUGACUAAAAGUGACAUUUGUAAUUGAUUGCUUUUGAAGAUAUCAAGUAUGAAGUAAUGUAUCAUGACUUCAAUAAUGACAUUUGAUGAUAAAACUCUGUAAUUCCAAGUGGAUGGGUGCCGUUGCCAUGAUAGAAAUGAUUGCCAUUUAUGUAUGUCAACAAAUAUUGUUAAAUUGAUCAAUGUCUUUAAGAGUGUUUUGUGCUAUAAAAGAAAUAAAUCCUCUUUUCCCCUCUUUCUCCAAGAGUGGGUAGAGCAGGAAUAUUGAUAAAGAAAAAUCCUUGGGCAAAGUAUUGAAUUUUGCUUUGAUUGUGCUGUAUUUUAUAAAUGCAUUGUGUACAGUUCACUCUGUGCGUUACAACAGUAAUGAACACCCUGUGCACCAUAUGGGGGCAUUUUGUGGGGGAUAUAUAUUUGUGUGGCUACCGUCACUGUUGACAUUUUUGCUCAAAAAGUUAUUUAAAAAAUCCAGAUUAGAAAGUGCUAUCAAUUUUAAAUGAUUUGAUUAGGAUAAAGUGCACUUUAUGCUUACUGCACACAAUGCAUUAGAUUAUCUUCACUUUUUGGCUUAUUAGAUCAUUUUACUCUUAUAAACUGUGCUUUAUGAUCUAAUGAAAUAUUAACAAAGCACAGUGUAUCUUUCUUCAAAUAUUUAACAUAAGAUAUGUAGAGGGAACUAUGUUACUAUACCGUCGGUAAUUUAUAUACUAUAAUAAGAUACAUGUAAUUUUGAGCCCGACUCCUAUCUUCUAACAUUUGAAAUAUACCGGGAGAUUGUGAAUGAGAAUUAACUUUGUAGUCAUGACGUUGGGAUGAUAAUGCUAGUGACGUUUUACAGUGCAACAUGUCUUAUCCAGAUGAACCGAUAUUUAAAAAGAAUGUUCAUCUUAUGUGCAGCCGAAAUGGCAGAAAAUUGCUGUUUUAUUAUCAUUAUUACCAUUAUUGUUAAAGAAUCAUAACAUGUUUCUUGUUGAAAAGAUAAAAAGUCAUUAUUAU